AUGCUCCGCUGGGGGUCCAGAAACCAUACUACAGCAGGAAAUGAUUCUGAGGACCGUGACCAGAAGGUAAACACUAUCAUUCCUGAGAGCAGAUCGUUCCGCUUCGAAAGUAUGAUCUGCCAUAUUUUUAUGGGGUUGCAAAAGGUCAAUGAGUUAAGAAUGGCAGAUUAAAGCUCAAUUAGUCCUUUUUAUAGCGAUAAAAAAUAUAUUUAUCCAUUAUACAAAAUAUAUAUGGGUAUAUCUAUGUUUUUUGCUAUUUUCAGACAAUAACUUGAGAUUUCUUUGAGACAGGUACAAGAGCUGAGGACAGCGAUCGGGCCCAUCUCCGGACGCAGCCUGAAGUACUGCACUGAUGCAUGCUUGAGGAGAUACCUGGUAGCCCGGAAUUGGCAUGUCGACAAGGCCAGGAAGAUGUUGGAGGAUACGUUGAGAUGGAGAUCGGCUUAUAAGCCAGAGGAAAUCCGAUGGGUGGGCAAAAUUAUUCUCCACUACUCCUUCUAGUUCUUGGAUUUUUGCAAAAAAAAAUCUAUAUGCAUAAAAGAGAUACUUUUUUUCGAUUUGACUAGUUGCACCAUAGCCUUCUUUUGAGAGAAAAUGGAAGGUACAAUUCUAAUUAUAUUAUUACUUAGGUAGAAUACCCUCUUUAUCUAGGACGUUGUGAGAAACUAUGACAUAAUAUGCUGAUUACAUUAUUUCCUAAAGUAUAAGUACCAUACCCUCUGAGCCUUAGAUUAAUUGAGCAUAUAGAAGAUAACAUGCUGAUUAUAUUGCUGGCUAAACUGUGCUCACUGUACCGUCUAGCUCUAAGAGUUGGUAUUUUAUAUAAUUGCCCAUAUUAGAUCCACCGCAGCCUCUAUCUCUCAGAUUUUUUGAGAAAAUUGAAUGAAGGAUUAAUUAUAUUAUUGCCUGAAAUAAAUCCUUUAGGAUAUUGUGAGAAAAUGGAACAUAAUAUCCCCAUCAUAUGAUUGACCAAAGUAGAUCCGCAUUACCCUGUAGGUUUUGAAGUUCUGUAAAAGCAUAGAACAUGAUGUACUGAUUAGGUCAUUGCCUGUCUCCAGCAUGAAGUGGCCGGUGAAGGGAAAACUGGGAAAAUCUACAGAUCAGGCUUUCAAGAUCGCCAGGGGAGGGUUGUUAUCUUCUUAAGACCAGGAGUGGAGGUGCGCUCAUCUACAUCUACAACUGUGUGAUAACUUUCUUUAAAGGGAGACAUGAAAUACUCUGCCUCUUUUUGCCAUUUUCAGAUGCUGUUCUUGCUAGAUCAAAGGGUUAGAAUGUUUUGAGAAAUAUAUGGUUAUUACUGGAACACUUGGGUCUUAUUACUAAUUUGGGGUGUCUAUAUAGUUAAUAUAUAUAUAUAGAUAUAUUAUAGACUAUAGUCUAUAGAUGUGCUUUUCGAUUCUGAAAUAUGGAAAUUAUGGUUCUCCUUGCUUAUACAGAACGGGGAUUCACAUGACGGCCAGAUCCGCUAUAUGGUGUAUCUCAUAGAGAAUGCAAUCCUCAAUAUGUCCUCAGGACAGGAGCAGAUGGUGUGGUUGAUAGAUUUCACUGUGUGGUCGAUGGGCAGAGCUGUGCCCAUGAAGACUGCAAGGGAGGCGGUGAAUAUUUUGCAGAAUCAUUAUGCUGAAAGGCUUUAUGCGGCAUUCCUUUACCACCCCCCUAGGAUAUUUGGCACCUUUUGGAAGGUGAGUACUCUAUCUUCUCAUUGAUAUUUGGUCGCUCACUGGGGUGUCAAGGAGUGGGGGGUUGACUCUUCUUGGGCCUGGAGAAAAAGCCCUUCAAGGGCUGUAGGCCUGUUGACUCUGGCCUUGUCUGACACGUUGACUCCCCUAAUCACCAACACCCAGAAAGCUAAAAUGUCAAAGAUUGCGCUGACCUGUGGAAUCAUUUUCUUUGAUUCUGUUCUCAGAUUCUGAAAUACUUCCUGGACCCGAAGACAUUCGAUAAGGUGAAGUUUGUUUACCCAAAGCACGAAGAGAGUAUGGAGCUCAUGAGGAAGCACUUUGAUCUUGAGAUGCUACCACUGGAGUUCGGAGGCAAGAGGAAGGUCACCUACAACCAUGAGGAGUUCUCCAAGCUCAUGGCAAAGGAUGACAUCAGAAUGUCCGAAGUUUGGGGAUUGGAAGAUAAGAAUAGUCGCCCAUCGAUUGAUCACUCUGCAUCGGGAGGUUUCUCCAAAGUCAACCCCUGA